UGUGCACUCUCUUUAUUUGUUUGUCUGUCCGUAUCAUCAUCGUCAAUCACCCACCCCACACCCGACCGACCCGCCCCCCACCUAUCCGUUCCAACUGACUAGAUGUCACUCACGUACUCGGGAAAACCGGAAUGACACAAAGCGCAUCGCAUCGCAUUCACUCACACGCACGUUACGCACAACAAACAGCACAUGGAGAGAUCUGUCUGUGUGAUCACGUGAUGUGAUAGAUGGAUGCCAUCGAUCGGCCAAAUCACUAGUCAACUACUAAGUGGGGCAGAGCUCCGCCUUAGUGGGUGGCUUCGGGCACGACAAAUGCAUGUAAUGUCCUCAAUAAGAUCGUACGAACCGUGCCACCCCGCCCCCGCCCUCCCACUCUCCCCCAGCCCUACCCAACACAACACAACACAACACAACGGAAACAGUGAACUGAAUGGACGAAGCGUCUGCUGCACUUCUCUCACUCACUCACACAGACAGUGGUAUGGAAUAAACACACUAACAUGACAUGCACUCACUCUAAAGACAUUACAGAGAGAGACCGUGACGGAGCAAGACCUGCUGUCUUUGCCUCCCUCCGCCACCGUCUCCUUCUCUCUCCAUCCUUUCAUCGCCAUGCAUCUCGCCCAGCACAUCAGCACAUGAAGAUCAUGAAGAUCUGUCUGUCACGGUGGAGCAAGCUUUGAGGCAGGCAGGCAGCACUCACUCAAUAAGAAUGCUCGCUCAUCGACUCGAUCGACUAAAGCAGAGAAAGGCUCAUAGAAUAGACAGACGGACAUGAAAUUGCAGGCAGCAUGAAGAGAGCUUUAAAUAGCCACCACAUAGAGUGAGAGGAGGGGAGGGGAGGGGUGGGCUGAGUGACCCGAAAUGUAUCUAUCUUCAUGGAGAUCGAAAGAUGAGAGAAUUGCGAGAGAGACCCCACCCCACCCACAUGCGGCACGCAACGUGCAACCAAAGCACAGUAGCAUCCAUCUCAAUCCAUCAAGGCCACACGGAAGGAAACAACCAAAACCCCUCCUCCCAUCUGCCGGCCAGUGUGUGUGUUGUAAGGGAGGUAAGCACAACGACCCAAGACAGACACGAUGGCCAGACAAGAGCCCAGAUGAGAUGGGGUGGGGGAGGGAGACCGACCGGGAAACAUUGGCACGCAACGCAGAGACAUACCCAGUCUCUCUCGCUACUUGCAGUCCUUGGUGCAUCCGCCCUUGUGCUGCACGGGCUGCUGCUGCUGCUGCUGGUGCUGCACGUAGGUGGUGUGGACGAUCUGGUGGGCCGCUAUGGUGUGGGUCGCGAGGCACUGGACGCCCUCCAGUGUAUAACCCUGACACACAAGACAAGACAAGACAACACACACACGCCGAGAAAGAGAAAGAGAGAGAGAGAGGGUGUGCGCCAAGGAGAAACAGAUGCAUGCAUCUGUCUCUGUCUCACCUUUCCACACACAUAUUGGGCAGCGGCGCUCUCCAUUGCGUAGCACUUGCCCUUGCCCAUCUCCAUGUUGUCAGGACACUCCUGCAGGGCGGCCGUGUGCUCGUACCGCACGCACGAGCCGUCCUUCAGGGCGCUGUCCGGCGGGCAAGACGCAUACUUGGCCGCCUGCACACACACACACAGUCAUGUGUCGCUCCGUUGGUAUCAUGCUGCUGCCUCUCAUCCCUCUUGCUCUCUCUCUCUCUCUGUGUGUGUGUGUGCUGGGGGGGAGGGAGGGUCCCUAUUACCUACCGUCUUGAUUUGUGUGCAGGUGUCGCCCACGAGGUCGUAUCCCUUGGUGCACCGGAGCUGCUUCUGCGUGUACCGUGCCGCCACACACGAGUUGCCCUGCCUCUCAUAGCCGGAUGGGCAGGACACUGCAACAGCCUCCCUCAUUUCCUAGACACACACACGCACACACACACAGAGAUGCAUUUGCAGCCCGAUUCUCUCUCUCUCUCCCUCUGUGUGUGUGUGUGUGUGUGUGGUGGAGAGAGGGCACCUGCACACAGGCGUCGCCACUUGGUGUGUGUCCCGGCGGGCACUUGCUGAGCAUGUCGGCGGUGAUCAGUCUGGUGCAUGCGCCGGUGUCGCUGGCCGCAUAGCCCUCGGGACACUUCUGCUGCAUCGCCACAUCAGUUCUCUGCACACACACACACACAGACAGACAGACAGACACACACAGAGAGAGAGAGAGAGGGAGAUGUGUCUUGGGGUGGAUGUGUGUGUGUGUGUGUGUGAGUGUGAUUACUACGUGCCUGGACGCAUCUGUUGUCUUCCUGUUGAUAGCCAUCGGGGCACGAGUAGAGGUAAUCGAGGACGGUCUUCUUGACGCAGAGCUCCUUCGACUCACCCUCCUUGGCGUAGCCAGCCGGGCACACAAACGUCCCUGCAGACAGACAACAAAGCCCAAAACACUUUCUCCCUCUCUCUCACUCUCUCUGUGUGUGUGUGUGUGUGCAUGGUGUUAGUUAACAUGGUGUUGACUGACCAGGUUCGUAUCUGCAGCUGGAUGUGGUCUUGUGAGCGGCCUCCCCGGCGCACUUCUCACACAGCACCCCACCGUCAGAGCCGGUGACCUCGGACUGCUUAUAGUCGGCGGGACACUGCAUCACCUUUGCCUACACACACAGCCCACACACACGUCUCUCUCUCUCUCUCUCUCUGUGUGUGUGUGUGUGUGUGUGUGUUUGGGGUACCUGGGUCUCUCGCGCGAUGCACUGUGAUACGGCUCUGCUCUUCUUGCCCCUACUCGACGACGCCGAGACCGUCUCCUCACCUGCACACACGACACACAACAGGCAGGCAUGCUGCUGCCUCUCAUCCCUCUCUCUCCUUCUGUCUCCCUCCCUCUGUGUGUGUGUGUCUGUGUGUGUGUGGUGCUUACUCCCGUCGGGGCAGUAUCUGUUGAGCUCUGCGUACUGCGUCAUGGUGCAGGAGGCGCCAUCGGCCGCCUGGACGGUGUCUGGGGGGCAGUAGCUGAUGAGCUGCGCCUCGAGGGUGCGCUCGCACUUGUCGGCCGCCAUGCUGUAGCCAUCCUGGCAGUAAUACUCGUACGCUGCUGUCGUCUGCACCACACACACACACACACAUACACACACACACACAGAGAGAGAGAGAGAGAUCGUGUGCGUGUGUGGGGAUCUCAUCUCAUCUGAUCUACCUUCUUGAGACAGUCGUUGCCCAUGUUCUCAUAGCCCUCCGGGCAAGACUUGAUGACAUCCGCGCUCGCGUAGGCCACGCACUGGUCGCCGGUGGCAGUGCCCUCGGCGCAGUAGGCCACGGCUUGCUUGGUGUAGGUCAUCUCACAACUCUCGCCAACGUCCUGACGACCACACACACACACACAGACAGACAGACAGACAGAGAGGGAUUCGCACACCCACAGCCACACCCACACAAUGAAGACCCACACUGACUGACCUGGUAGCCAGAGUGGCAGAGGUACUCGGGGGCGAAGGCGGUCUGCUUGACGCAGCCCUGGUUGUUGAGGGUGUAGCCGUCUGGGCAGUAGGUCUUGAUGGCCUGGGUCACCUUUUUCACACACACCAUCUCCUUGCCGCCGCCGUGCGCACUGUACCCAGAUGGGCACUGGGCCUGCAACAGACAGACAGAGAGGAGGGCUGCGGUGCGGGGCGUCCAGGAGGGAGGCCUGCUGUGCGCCUGCUGUGCGAUCGAUGCAUUCCUUACCUUGGCCGCUGCAGCGACCACCUUGGAGCACUCAGUCUCAUCCGAUUUCUCAUAACCCUGCACACACACACACACAGAGACAGACAGACAGACAGAUUGACACCUAGAGUGCCCCGCAAUCACAUCAAUCAAACACAUCAAUGUGCUGUGCUCUUUUGGCACAGAGAUCUCUGCUCCCUCACUCACACUCACCUUGGGGCACACAUACUCGUACGUCACCUGCGCCGCCGCUGCCCCACCCCCCUUGCUGCCGUGGCCGUGGCCGCCAUACUUUCUGUACUUGGCGUGGCCACGGUGCGAAUGCGGGCCGGCAGACGCCAGCUGCAGCUGCAGUCCACCGAGGAUGGCUGCACAGAGCGCGAGUAGGGCCGACAAGCGCACCAUGAUGGCAGAUCUUUGCUGAUCUUUGCUGAUCUUUGCUGGUGUUCGUGAGUGAAUGGGCGGAGUCGUAGAUCUUUUGAUGAGGGCGGGGCAGGGCAGGGGUGGGCGGCAGGACGUUCGGUGGUGCGGGGGUGAGCCAGUUGGUGAGUGCUA